GGUCGUUAGUAAUUUAUAGCACUAAAAGAUUAGUAAUUUAUGUUUAAAAGUUUUGCAUUUUGAAAUUGAAAGCUAAUCUUUGGGUCAAGCGAAUUGAAAUAUGGGCUUAAGGCCCCAAAACUUUUGAGCCCAUCAGUUUAUAAAAUUAGAAGUUUAGAACCACCAAAAAAAAUUUGUACCACAAAUAAACUAGAACAUUCGGUUUCAUUUAUUGGUUUUUAUUUUGGUGUUGCUUCAAUGAAUGAAUCUUCCUCGUUUCUAUAUAUAAACGUGAGCUGGGACAAAUUCCAAAAAACGUUUCAUAUUUUCUUCUUAUGUGAAAUAUAAAAAAUCGACUCUUCGUUUACCCCCGACAAUGUAAAUAAAUACCGGGGUCUCUCCUUAACUUAACGACACUUCUUUUCUCCGACUCUAUCUCUCUCUUUAGAAACUCUAGUCUCUACGAGCCUAAUCUUGACGACGAUGCCGUCGGUUCCGAUCAACUCUCAACCUGAACCUGAAUCAUCCGAAGAAGAGCUCAGCGACUCCCAAGUUUCCUAUUCAUCGGAAGACGACUCAAUGGACGGCAAACCGUCAGACUCGGGAAACACCAAUGGAGGUGUUACAGAAACUGAGGCUAAUGAUACUAAAGAUGAGUUUUGGGUUCGGUAUCCUUCUUUGAAAAUGUUUUUAAGCAAGGAGAUAGUCAAAGAGUUUAUUCCCGAACAGUAUGUUUUGGAGAAAGCGAAGCUUAUUGGAGAUGAUAAGGCCAAAGAGUUGAAUGAUAAGUGUGAUGUUUUGUUUAUCAAGGAGAUGGAGUAUCUCAUCAACAAAUUUCGCUUCAUUGCUGAUGUUUUGGAGGAGAUGUUUCUCUGAGAACUUUUGGGUGGUGGUGGCUUUGCGUUUGGUUUAAUCGUUUUUAUUUAUUAUAAAUAAUUGUAUUCCAUCUCUAUGAAUGUAAAAGAUUUCAUGAAGGAUUUGAAUUUAUUUCUCUUUCUUUUUUAAUUAUUAUAAAUGUUUUUCAUCUCUUUAUCAU